AGCGCAUUGAUUUCCCCACCACAACACAGACAGAGGCUGCUAUUUAACAUCAAAGGCUUUACAUAACCCAAAUAAAGCGGCAAUAAAUCCUGAGUCGCAGAGAAAGAACACAGUCAGCUAUGCUGACGGACGCAGACUAUUCUGGGAAUGCAUCUGGUGCUCGUCGGGCCAAAAAGAGGAGCUCUGUGGAAUCACCAGGUGAUGGACAGUCCCUUCGCUCCUCAGGAAGGCAGGUCAACGUCCGAGUGAAGCGUGCCAAUAACCCUCCUCCUGGACAGAGCAAGAGGAAAGCCACAGACACAGAGGAAGAAGAUGACCAGUCUGAGAAGAAAUACAGGAAAUGUGAGAAAGCUGGAUGCUCUGCCACCUACCCAGUGUGCUUUGCUAGUGCAUCUGAAAGGUGUGCUAAAAAUGGGUACACAUCCCGCUGGUAUCAUCUGUCAUGUGGGGAGCACUUUUGCAACGAGUGUUUUGAUCAUUACUACAGAAGUCACAAAGAUGGCUACGAGACUUAUGCAUCCUGGAAGAAGGUGUGGAUCAGCAACGGUAAGAGUGAACCCAGUCUCAAAGCUUUCAUGGCCGAUCAGCAGCUACCAUUCUGGGUUCAGUGCACAAAACCAGACUGUAGGAAAUGGCGUCAACUGACUAAGGAGAUCCAGCUCACUGCUACCCUAGCAACAACUUAUCGCUGUGGCAUGAAGUUCAACAAUGUCAAGAGUGAAGGACCAGAUCAGUGCUCCCAGCCUGAAGACCUGAGAGUGGCUGAGGUCAUCGACAGCUGGUGGCAUUCCAUGCUGAUCUUGCCUCCGCUGUUUAAGGAAAGUCCAGCAAGCCCUUUUCUUGCUGCCUACUACCCCGACUGUGUAGGCAUGAGUCCUUCAGGGUCUCUCAGUAACAUGUCAACAGAGCUGAGGGCAGAGCACUGCCGAACCAUUCAGCCUCAAAUUCCAGGGAUGUGUCCAUACUUUCAACCCUUCUACCAGCCUAAUGAAUGUGGGAAGGCCUUGUGUGUGCGACCGGACAUGAUGGAGUUGGAUGAACUCUAUGAGUUUCCAGAAUUUUCUCGUGAUCCCACCAUGUACCUGGCCCUGCGCAAUCUUAUUCUGGCCUCCUGGCACAGAGACUGUAAGGAGGUGCUGACUCGCCAGAAGUGUGCUCCCCACAUCAUCGUCCGGGGUCUGGUGCGUGUGCGCUGUGUACAGGAGAUGGACAGGGUCCUCCAUUUCAUGACCAGGAAGGGCUUGAUCAACACCGGUGUUCUGGCAGUCAAACAGCCUCUCCUCCCUGAGAAAUAUGGUUCUAAGAAUGUGAUUGUUAUCGGAGCUGGGGCAUCAGGGCUGGCUGCUGCAAGGCAAUUGCAGAACUUUGGCACUCAGGUGAUGGUGCUGGAGGCAAGGGAGAGAAUCGGCGGCCGGGUGUGGGAUGAUACAUCACUGGGUGUCACUGUUGGUCGGGGAGCUCAGAUUGUCAAUGGCUGUGUAAAUAACCCCAUUGCCCUCAUGUGUGAGCAGAUGGGCAUCAAGAUGCACAAGCUUGGAGAGAGGUGUGACCUUUUCCAGGAGGGAGGACGGGCUACUGACCCAGCCAUCGACAAACGCAUGGACUUCCACUUCAACGCCAUCCUAGAUGUAGUGUCUGAGUGGAGGAAGGACAAGUCACAGAACCAGGAUAUGCCACUGGGAGAAAAGGUCCAGGAAGUCUACAAGAAUUUUCUCCAGGAGUCAGGCAUCCAGUUUAGUGAUCUGGAGGAGAAAGUGCUCCAGUUCCACCUCAGCAACUUGGAGUAUGCCUGUGGAAGCACUUUAGACCAGGUGUCAGCAAGAUCCUGGGACCACAAUGAAUUUUUUGCCCAGUUCUCAGGAGACCACACCUUACUCACCAAGGGCUACUCUGUUUUACUCCACAAACUGGCUGAAGGCCUCGACAUCCGCACCAACUGUCCGGUUCAGGCUAUAGACUACUCAGGUGAUGUCAUCAAAGUUACCUCCUCCAAUGGGUCACAGUGGAUGGCACAGAAGGUUCUUGUCACGGUCCCGUUGACUUUACUUCAGAAAAACUUGAUUCAGUUCAACCCAUCACUGCCAGAGAGGAAGCUGAAGGCAAUCCACAGUCUUGGAGCAGGUAUCAUAGAGAAGAUUGCGCUGCAGUUCCCAUACAGAUUCUGGGACAACAAAAUCCAAGGAGCAGACUACUUUGGUCACAUACCCCCCAGUCCGGACAAGAGGGGCAUGUUUGGUGUCUUCUAUGACAUGGACCCGCAGGGGAAGAAAUCUGUUCUUAUGUCUGUCAUCACUGGGGAUGCUGUACCCGCCGUCCGAGACAUGGAAGACAAGGAGGUCAUAGAUGAAUGCAUGAAGGUCUUGCGUGAGCUUUUCAGGGAACAGGAGGUCCCAGAACCACUGAAUUACUUUGUCACACGUUGGAGCAAAGACAUGUGGUCCCAGAUGUCCUACAGCUUUGUUAAGACGGGGGGCAGUGGAGAAGCCUAUGAUAUCAUCGCUGAGGAUGUGCAAGGAAAAGUCUUUUUCGCUGGCGAGGCCACCAACAGACACUUCCCCCAGACUGUAACAGGGGCCUAUCUGAGCGGGGUCCGAGAGGCAAGCAAGAUGGCUGCUAUGUAAACUCCGUCCAAGAGAGCACUCACAAACACCAGCACCGAUACACAGGUUGCACAGAACAAAGUAUUGGACAGUUAAUCAACCUGUACUGUGAUACAAGGACUGCUCCACUUAAAAUGGUGUCUCAGCCAUUGUACUGUAAUGUGUACUCAUCAGCAAAACAGCUUCAGCCACUAUCCAACAGUAAGGACUUUCUCAGAAUAUUUAACACAGGAAACCAAGCACUUUUUAAUUUUGUACAAUUUCUGUGGGUAAAAAAAUGCAAAACACAAGACUUCAAUUUUUAAGGGCGAACUGAACGUUGUGAAUUAUGUGUACACCCUGUCUAGCCUUGCCUGGAUGGUGGUAUCUUAGCUUUGGUUUGAACUUAAUGAGUAUGAUAAAUGAUAAUGGGUUUAACGAUAAGAACCUCUGGUUGAAAUGGUCAGGAAAUUUCAAUUUGAGAAAUAUGGGUGCAUAAGAUAUUGGAAAAACUGUCAUUUGGAUCUUCUUUAACUUCAUGAAUCCAAUCUCCUUCAGGUUAGCUGAAGACAUACAAUAUUUAGUAGUCUUUUGAGAGGGACAUGCCAAUGUUUUACACAUCAUUAAUGGAUUUGCAUUGUACUGUAGAUUUUGUGAUUAAUGUGUAGGUACAGAUUCUGAACUGAGACAGCUACAAGAUUACAGAUGGUAGUAUUUCUGCAAUAGCACUUUUCAUUUAGAAUGGUUUAUUGAGUCAAGUAGGAAAAAAAAGACUUAAAAAGUCAAAAUUUUCCUCAUCUUGGCAGGCUGGCUUUCCCAUAGGACAUGUUUUAAGAGUUAGCAUCUUUCUCAGGGAUGUGAUAAGAGUACCAAGUUGCAGGAAAAAAAAGUGGGAGAGAGCAGAAGUACAAAUCUUCUCCAUGAGCUGAGAGCAGUGUGUUGAAAUCAGACAAAACAUUUCAAGUCCUGCAAAAAUCAGUAAAUUAAUAAGUAAAUGAUAAGACAAAUGAAUAAAUCAAUCACAUCCCUGUUUUCAAUAAUGUGAGCUCCCCGAUAACUUAUUUUUUACUUUUCUGAACUUGGGAAUGGAGUAAUGAUGUCCUUGUUUUCUUCGUAUAAUGAAAAUAACGGCUCUGCCAGAUUUCUGUCUGGACAUGAAAAAUAUCGUCUUUUUCUUAUUUCCUGAGUCUUCUGUCUGUCAAACCUUACACUGCGUGAAUAUUUAUCUGUGCGUAUGUAAUAAAAUUAUUUUUCAACUGUUACCGUAAUUUCUCUUCUCUCCACAGUUUCCAUUACAACAUUAUCACGUGUGCAAAUAAGCAUGUGACUUCUUACAUCCAAGCCGGUCAUUUUGACAGUUUCGGAUUUUCAAAGUUUAAUAAAUUUGUGGGGGGGAGAAGAUACAGACUUGCUGCUCACUGAAUGGUCCUAAAUUGCAUAUAUUUGCAUUAAAAUGAGUUUUAGAUCAAUUGCACACAAAAAAAGUUAUGAUAAGCUCUACCAUGAUCGGUUAAAAUGACCGCAUGUAAUUUGCGCAUCAUUACAGGAUAGCGUGAGCGUAGCGUAAGCGUGAAUAAGGCCUAACAUCCAAACAAAUCCCUAUUUCUUGCUGGGGUGUACGUUCACGCACAACGCUAGGGGAGGGGCUUAGACCAACGGCCCCAUCUCACAGUACUGUUCGGCCCGUUGUCUCCCUCCGCUGGCCUCAUCUGUCAUUGACCCUCUCGCCGAGAGUUUUCCCCAUACGGACUGUUAUUAGGCCCCGUGCUUCUCAUCCACACGAGUCGACGUAUCCAAUAGUAGAAACAACAACCGAAUAUCUGGAGCAAAUAUCUGCAAUUUGCGUCCUAUUUGUUGUACUAUGUACUUGUACUAUGUGUUGGUAG